CCUGCUUUUAUAUUUCUGGUGUGAGUAUGGUCGCGGAGCCAGACCAGUGAUAUCAGUACUAACUCACUGUAACAGUUUCUGUCCGCACAAUUAAUGCCUCCUCGAUAAGAAUCGUCAUAGCCUUACAUAUGCUAUAAAUCCUUGAAAUUUAGGAGUGGACUGCUUGCAAUAACCUGAGCCAGGUCACGUGUGUGGUUCAUUCACUCAAAUCCACUCCAGUGUCUACUGUCUACAGUUUGACUGGGUUCCCACUCCUCUGGGUGCAUACCUGAUGGGGUUUGGGGAGGACCUGUGGUGUCCCCAGGCCCACGCGGCCCUGAUGCGGCUGCAGGACUCGGAGCUGCGUCUGAUGGAGGUGAUGAAGAAGUGGAUGAGCCAGCGGUCCAAGAGCGACCGGGAGUUCUCUGUUCAGCUGCACCAGAUGGCGGCCAUGGUUGAGAAACUGGAGGGGCCCCAGCCUGGGGGAGGACUGGACUACAUCAGCCAGCUCAACCAGUCGUGGGGUGUGCUGGUGGCUCAGACUGAGAGUUUGAGUCGUGUGAUGCGGCGGCAGUCUGAGGACCUGCAGGUUGGGCCUCUCAGCAAACUGACCCUGCUGAUCAGAGACAAGCAGCAGCUCAGGAAGACCUACGCAGAGCAGUGGAGCCAGCUCAGCCAGGAGCUCAGCAGGGUGACCCAGACAGAGCUGGAGAGGCUGAAGGCCAGCUAUAGACAGCUGGUGAGGGAUGCAGCGCAGGCAAAGAGGAAGUACCAGGAGGCCAGUAAAGAUAAAGAGCGUGAGCGUGCAAGGGAGCGCUAUGUGAAGGCUACUCUGAGGCUCCAUGAGCUCCAUAAUGAGUAUGUGCUGUCAGUCAGAGCAGCCCAGGUGUACCAUCAGCACCACUACAGCCAGGCCCAACCUGCCCUGCUCAUGGCACUACAGAGCCUACAGCAGGAGAUGGUACUCGUACUGAAGGAGAUCCUGCAGGAGUACUAUGACAUGUCCAGUAUGCUCCAACAGGAGGUGGUAUCUGUCCACGAGGAGAUGUCUACUGCUCUGAAGGCCAUAGAGCCACACAAAGAGUAUGAGAGUUUCAUCCAUCAGAACAGGUCUGUAGGGGAGGUUCCGGUGUGUGUUGAGUUUGACUCUGGUCUUCUGGAGAACACAGAUCGACUAAAGACUGGAGAGCUGGAACUAAAUGAGCUUACAGUGGAGGGGAUCCAGCACAGGUUGACUGUAGUGGAAGAGGAACUGCUGUCUCUUGCUGGUAAUGUGGUUUCCCAACAGGCCUCAGUCAACCAACUGGAGUUGGAGCUGGAGGCAGAGGAAGAGGGCAUCAAACGGGGUCAGAGGGUUUACCAGUUCAGUAAGAGACAUGCGCUGGAGGAGAGCCGACAGCAGGUGAUGCUGUCCCUGGGAGCUAGAACCAGGCUGGAGGCACAGAGGUUGCUGCUGAAGGGGAAGCUGGAAUGGCUGGGAUCCAGUGAACCCCCUCCUGCCUUGGGGCUGGAAGAGGACCGUAUCUCCCUGUCCUCCAUCACCUCUAGUGAGAAGGACGGCCUCAGAAACCUCAGUGUGGACAGCAUCAUAAGCCACCUUGGUGGCCUGUUCAAACCCAAAUACACGGUGCCCCCUGCCCUGUCCCCAGUCCCAGAGGUAGAGCGCCCCCUGGAGCAGCAGAACUGGUACCACGGAGUCAUCCCCAGGCUGGAAGUCCAGGAGCUGCUGAGGUGUGAUGGAGACUUCCUGGUCAGACAGAGUCAGGGCAAACAGGAGUAUGUCCUCUCUGUCCACUGGGCUGGCUCUUGCAGGCACUUCCUUAUCCAGAGCACAGACAAUAUGUACCGCCUGGAUGGAGAGGGAUUCCACACCGUUCCCAUGCUGAUGAACCACCUGGUCUCCUCACACCAACAUGUCACCAAGAGGUCCGACAUUGUCCUGAAGAGACCUGUCCUAAAGGACAAGUGGUUUCUGGAACACGAUGAUGUCAUCCUGGGGCAGAGCAUUGGCCGGGGUAACUUUGGAGAGGUGUACAGUGGCCGUCUGCUUUCUGAUAACACCCCUGUAGCUGUGAAAGCCUGCAAAGAGAACCUGGCCCCAGAACACAAGAACAGGUUCCUUAUGGAGGCCAGGAUCCUGAAGCAGUAUGACCAUCCGAACAUAGUGAAGCUGAUUGGUGUCUGCACACAGAAACAACCCAUCUAUAUCAUUAUGGAGCUGGUACAGGGGGGAGACUUUCUGUCCUUCCUGCGCUGUGAAGGUCACAACCUGAAGUCAAAUAUGCUGGUGAAAAUGGCAGAGAAUGUGGCAUCUGGCAUGGAGUAUCUGGAGAGCAAGAAAUGCAUCCACCGGGACCUGGCUGCCCGUAACUGUCUGGUGGGAGAACAGAGCAGGGUGAAGAUCAGUGACUUUGGGAUGUCUCGCGAGCAGCAGGACGGGGUCUACUCUGCCGCGGGGGGCCUCAAACAGAUCCCUGUCAAAUGGACGGCCCCCGAAGCACUCAACUAUGGGAGGUACACCACGGAGAGUGACGUGUGGAGUUUUGGAGUUCUCCUAUGGGAGAUAUUCUCCAGGGGAGUCACCCCCUACACUAGCAUGACCAACCAGCAGACACGGGACGAGGUGGAGAAAGGAUACCGGAUGCUAGCCCCAAACUCCUGUCCUCCAGAUGUGUAUGCUGUUAUGUGUCGCUGCUGGCAGUAUGACUCCAGGAACCGGCCGUCCUUCAGCAAACUCAGGACCGAACUCAGUGCUUUAUACCACAAACUGUCCUUACACAAGUGACUUGUUUGAUUCUCUUUUACUUUAAUAUGGAGCAGAUGUUGCCUUUAUUUCAUAUUCAUUGAUUAUAGAGAACCAGUUGCUAUGUGAUUUUGAAUUGACCAUAUUUAAGUAGUGAUGAUCCAACAGGCUGUGAGACCACAGGUAAUAUAAGUACACAGGACAUGUGUGUAUUGAAAACAUUGGUACCAUAUUCUACAAAGUAGCAUAUUCUAUAUCUGUUGAAUAUUGCUAUUGUUUACUGUAUUACAUUACUGUAAAUGUACAAAUUGAAUGUUCCUAUUAUAUCAGCUUUAGAGUUGAUGGGAUAUUUUUCUCUCUUGUCAUUUUAAUAUACACUGAACAAAAAUUUGAACGCAACAUGUAAAGUCUCAUUUUUCAUGAGCUGAAAUAAAAGAUCCUGGAAUUUGUCCAUACGCAAAAACAAAAUGUAUUUUUUUUGUGCAGAAAUUUAAGUACAUCCCUGUUAAUGAGCCUUUCUCCUUUGCCAAGAUAAUUAAAUCACCUGACAGGUAUGGCAUAUCAAGAAGCUAAAUAAACAGCAUGAACAUUACAGAGGUGCACCUUGUGCUGGGAUCAAUAAAAGGCCACUAAAAUGUGCAGUUCUGUCACACAACACAAAGCCACAGAUGUCUCAAGUUUUGAGGGAGUGCGCAAUUGGCAUGCUGACUGCAUGAAUGUCCACCAGAGCUGUUGCCAUUUCUCUACCAUAAGAUGUCUCCAAUGUCGUUUUAGAGAAUUUGGCAGGAGAUCCAACCAGCCUCACAACUGCAGACCACGUGUAACCGCGCCAGCCCAGGACCUCCCAAUCUGGCUUCUUCACUUGCGGGAUCAUAUGAGACCAGCCAUCCAGACAGCUGAUGAAACUGUGGGUUUGCACAACCUAAGUUUUUGACAGUUUGUGCAGAUAUUCUAUCUCAGGGAAGCUCAUCUGCAUUCUCGUCAUCCUCACCAGGGCCUUGACCUACUGCAGCUUCACGUUGUAACUGACUUCAGUGGGCAAAUGCUCAGCUUCAACAGCCACUGGCACCCUGGAGAAGUGUGCUCUUCACGGAUGAAUCCCAGUUUCAACUGUACCGGGCAGUCGGCAGACCGCGAGUAUGGUGUCAUGUGGGCGAGCGAUUUGCUGAUGUCAACGUUCUGAACACUGCCCCAUGGUGGCAGUGAGGUUAUGGUAUGGGCAGGCAUAAGCUAUGGACAAUGAACACAAUAGAAUUUUAUAGAUGGCAAUUUGAAUGCACAGAGAUACCGUGACAAGACCCUGAGGCCCAUUGUCAUGCCAUUCAUCCAUCACCUCAUGUUUCAGCAUGAUAAUGCAUGGCCCCAUGUCACAAGAAUCUGUACACAAUUCCUGGAAGCUGAAAAUGUCCCAGUUCUUCCCUGGCCUGCAUACUCACCAGAUAUGUCACCCAUUGAGCCUGUUUGGGUUGCUCUGGAGCGAUGUGUUCAACAGCAUGUUCCAAGUUCCCGUCAAAAUCAAGAAACUUCGCACAGCCAUUAAAGAAGAGUGGGGCAACAUUUCACAGGCCACAAUCGACAACCUGACCAACUCUAUACGAAGGAGAUGUGUCACGCUGCAUGAGGCAAAUGAUGUUCACACCAGAUGCUGACACAUUCCCCUACCUUUUUUUAAGGUAUCUGUGACCAACAGAUGGAUAUUUGUAUUCCCAGUCAGGCAAAAUUAAUAGAUUCGGGCCUAAUUGAUUUAUUUAUAUGAUCUGUAACUCAGUAAAUCUUUGAAAUUGUUGCAUGUUGCGUUUAUAUUUUUGGUCCGUGUAUUUUUAUGAAUUCAAAUCCUCUGAUCAUGAUGAUGCCAGUGUGUUCUACUGCUUUUUAAAGGUGGCCACUAGAGAGCAGCGCUGUGUAUGAAAGAGUGAUCCACUUACAGUGAGGCUUGUGAUGAGACAGUUCACAUGUAGAUAAUUACUGUACAGUAUUGUAUGUGACACACCCUCGCCACGGGACCUUGUCUAAACAUUGAUAUUGGCACUCACAUUCUCAGAACUUUAUUUCUAGUGAUUGUGCCCAUCAUUUAAUUCCAGAUUCUUAGACUGGCCUUUGUCUACAGGCACAAUGUGUUUUUAUUCAGAUCUUUCAUGUCAAGACCUUAUGUCAUUAAGACCUUUCACAACAAUUCUAAAUGACAAGAGGGGAAACAGUAGCCUGUUCCUAGAUCUGUUUGUGCAUUAGCCAACUUCACACGCAAUGAUAGUCAGAAUGGUUGGCGAAAGCACAUACAGAUCUGAGACCAGACUAGCAAAACAGAGUUCUAAAAAGGAGCUAAAAGACAACGUUGACACUCGUGACUCAUCACUAAAGCUCUUGAUUCCGAAAGGUCAGCAAAUCGCAUGACCAUCAAGUUAACUGACUUGUGUGUCACUUUCUCAUGAGCAACCACCUAUUAUACAGGAGUGACACCAGAGAAACUUUGAGGACAUGCUAACCCCUUCUGUGGAAUCACACAACCACUGCUACUAUUCAUUACUUAGAAUGAGGCCAAUUAUUGGGGAACGUCAUUGACAAAUAUGUCACAUUAUUCUACCUGUCUAAGCAAGAGUGAGAAUGUACCUUAUCAGUAACCAAAUCUGUGGAAAUUGUGCCUAACAUUGGCCAUUUGUAUUGUAUUUUUAUUGUACAUGUGUAUAAGAUCAAAAGCAUGAAGAUAACAGAAAGAAAAUAGAGGUUUAUAGUCUUGGUAAGCAGUGGUUAGCCCAUCCACCAACCGAUCCUGGGAAAAGACAGAUGAACGUACAGGAGAGUAGCCCAAGUGAUUUGGAUCCUGUCUGUUGUAGAAGAAUGCAGACGUGUAAUAUGACAGUGCUUAAUAGCCAUUUAUCGUCUGCUGAUCUAACAGGAGCAAUACCUACACAGUCCUGGGGGAGUGGCAGCAAUUCACUCAUCCCCCAUCUUCUGCAAAUAGCAUAACAGGCAGACAGCCAGGUGAUAAAAAUGUCACAUUCUCUGUGAUUGUGCAACUAGCCUGAUGUGAAAAGCACCUCGCCAGUUAAGCAUGUUCAGUCACUUUCUGCAUCAGCUGAAUGUCUUAAGGUGAGGGGGCGGCAGGUAGCCUAGUGGUUAGAGCGUUGGACCAGUAACCGCAAGGUUGCAAGAUCAAGCCUACAAGGUACAAAUCUGUCAUUCUGCCCCUGAACAAGGAAGUUAACCUAGGCCGUCAUUGAAAAUAGUAAUUUUUCUUAACUGACUUACCUAGUUAAAUAAAGGUUUAAAAAAAGAAA